AUGCCGUUAAUCAAGAGUCCUGUUAUAUCCAUCCUUGAUGUCGCACCACUUGAGUUGGCCCUCGGCUAUUUAAGUGAUGUCGCAACUGCUGUCGUGAAGUAUAGAAGAAGUCAUGUGGAUGGCACUGCUGACAAAACCCGCAGGAAAGAGCCCCUGUUUCCUUCACCAUUGAUUAACAGUUGCAAAGAAGUGAAUAAUGUUUCUCAAGAUAGAUCAGAUAGUGUGCCUACAGCAUCAUCUCCUUCAUCUGGGCAGUUGCAGCAGAAGAAAUCGUUGGCUGCUACCCUGCUUGAGCGUACUAAAAGGGGCACAGUUGCUCUUGUUCCUGCUGACAUUGCAAGAUUAGCACAGAGAUUCUUUUCACUUUUCAAUUUUGCACUCUUUCCUCAUAAGCCACCUCCUUCACCUAUGGCCAAUAGAGUGUUUUUCACUGAUGCAGAGGACAGAUUGUUAGCUCUAGGAAUUCUGGAAUAUAAUAAUGACUGGGAAGCAAUACAAAAGCGCUUUCUUCCUUGUAAAUCAAAGCAUCAGAUAUUUGUGAGACAAAAGAAUCGUAGCUCCUCCAAAGCUCCUGAUAAUCCAGUUAAGGAUGUGCGCCGUAUGAAGGCAUCUCCAUUGACAGUCGAGGAGAAAGAAUGUAUCGAGAAGGGGCUGAGGAUAUUCAAUAACGACUGGACAUCAGUUUGGAAGUUUGUACUGCCACACAGAGAUCCUUCACUGCUCCAACGUCAAUGGAGAGUUGCAAGUGGAGUCCAGAAAUCUUACAGUAAAAGUGAUGCUCAAAAAGAAAGAAGGCGAACAUAUGAAGCAAAGAGGAGAAAGCUGAGAGUAUCCAUGCCCGAUUCACGCCGUGGGCAAGAGGCUGAUAACAAUGCUUCUGAAGAUGCUGAAAAUGAUGAUGAUUCAUAUGUCAAUGAAGCAUUUUUGGAAGACACAGAUAGUAUGCCUUAUCAGCAGUCAGGCACAGGCCUCGAUGAAGAAUGUGGUACCACAGGUGGUUACAUUGAACCCCAGAAACUAAGUGAAAGUGCUGAUAGACAGCUAAAUCUGUUCCCUGAUCACAGGGCUAAUUCUAGAUUGCAGCAGAAUGGGAUCUCUAGUGAUAAUGCUACAGAAGAUGGUGCUGAGCAAGAUUUGCAGAUGCAUCCUUUACUGUUUCAGUAUCCUCGAGAUGUUUCAUCAUAUAGUCACCCGGUUCAAAAUCUUAUUAAUCAGUCAAGAAAAUAUGAUAUUUUCCCCUUUGAGAAAGUUCGAGUUGAGAGAAGUAACAACCAGACUACAGGUUCCACCGAAAAUGGUACUGUAAAUGCUAACACUAUCGACUUCCAUCCUCUCUUGCAAAGAACAGAAGUUGAUGUUCAUAAUGAAGUACCAGAAUAUGAUAAUAACCUUGACUGCCAUCAGUCUGAUAAUAACAUGAGCGAAGUCCCAGUAGAUGACCAAUCAACAGCUGGGCAAGCAUCCACAAGCCCUUAUGAGAGGGAGACAAGUAUUGACUUGAACAUUCAUUUGUGUUCUCCAACGGUCAUAAAUGGUUCAAAUGACUUCAGAAGUAGUUUUAGCAGAUCAAAUGUUCAAGAUGAAGUUUCUAGGAAGGACAAAUCUAAUGUUCCAGAGCUCGAGGUUGUAAAUUCCUAUUCUCAUUAUUGCAUUCAAGAACCUAAUGAAGAAUCAAUGCAAGGAAUUGUAAUGGAGCGAGAAGAGUUAAGUGAUUCCGAGGAAGAUAGCCAGCAUGUUGAGUUUGAAUGUGAAGAAAUGGAUGAUUCUGAAGAGGAGCAAGUUCAGAGUCCAGAAGCCUCUCCAAUUCAAAACAAGAGUAUCUCAGCAUCAGAUGUUUGUGGGGAAUUUCAUGUUAGUAAUGACCAGAGUCAAAUCCAGCAAGGAUCUGUUCAAAAGGAUAAACAGGGUGCCAGCUCAAUGCAGAAAACGCAAGUUCCUUCUCGGUCAGUGAGGGCUAAGCUGAAGCCGGAAACUGCAAAGUGCACAGGAUCUAGGACGAGCCAACAUUCGUCCACUUCUCGCACAGCUGAAACUAGGCGGAGCAAAACCAGAAAUUCUAAAGUGUCACAGGGACAGUCAAGUGCUGAACGCAAGCCCAAUGAUUCAAGAACUAGAAAAACUCCGGCCCCAACAUGA